CCGGGGCGCGGCGCGGCCCUUUGUGAUCCGCGGGGUCGCCGCCCCUCGGGGCACCCGGGGCCGCCGGGGGAUGGGCGCGGGCGGGGGCGCCGGUGCCACCUUUGUGCCCGGCGCCGGGGCCAGAGGCGAGAGCAGGAGGACACGUCUUGUACAAAGCCCGCAGCGCCCCGGCCCGAGAGCCCGGAACAAAAGAUGCCCCUUGUGCUGGUCGCCGCGCGCGGAGGGUGCGCGCGUGGGGCGGGGCGGCCGCCGGCGCGGCCACCUCUCCGUGGGAGUGUCCGCCCCGCUUUGUGUCUGCACCUUCGUGCUGGCCACCUGCACAGGGCUGAGACCUAGCCGGGCGCUGCAGCCCGGCUGUGGCCAGGGUCGUUUGCGUGCGUGGGGCGUCUGCCCAUGGAAUCUGUCUUGGUCCUCGUGCCCAGAGCAGUCAAGGGGGCAGGCAGCUGGAGCCUCGGUUAGGGCCUCGGGCGGCUGCUUGGCAGGGGUGACCUAGGCACCUGGCAGGGUGGGCGCUACCAGAGCAGACUGGGUUCCAGGGACUGGUGGAGGUCUGCGCUGUGGCCGGCCCUGGGUUUGUGCUUUUAGUCCUUCCUGGGAGUGCAGGCGGGCUUAUCCGUGUGAACAUGUUCAUGGUGCGCGCGCAUCUGCUUUAACGGGGCACCUCCCGUGUGUCAGGUGCUCAUGCUUGUGCUCGUGCUCGGGUGCACACGUGUGAGUUCUGCCCCUCUGCACCCUCCCUUGAGGUGCCAGACCUUGGACGUGUAUGUGUGGGUGAGCUGUGCACCCCUGGACUGGCUGCUUGAUGCGUGCGUCCAGACUAGUGCUGGGUGCACGCACACGUGUGCAUGUGUCACCUCUGUGUGUGAAUACAGAUGCAUAGUGGGUGUGUAUCAUAAAAGCGUGAGUUUAGGCACUAAGCAUACGCUAGUUUCUUCCUGUGUGCAUCUCAGUACGGGGUGCGUGUCUAUACACGGUAUCCGCGAGUGCACCCUUUUGCGUGUGCGUUGCGCUGCUGCGUGCAUGCAUGUUUGAUGGCACGUGUGCAUAUCUGCCACGCCUCUGCACACACGCACUUGGCUGUGCGCGAGUGUGCGCGCGCGUGCGCUGGGUCUUUGGGGUGUGUUAGCCAGAGGGCCUGUGUGUGGGUGUCUGGAGGGCCUCAGCAUCAGUACCCUUACCCCCGACUCCCUAGAGCCAGCCCCUUGCCCAACCGCCACACAAGGGGUCAGCAACAAAGGCCAAGAAAGGCUGGAUGAGGGGUAGGGGUCGGACCAGAGAGUGGCCCCAGGCCCCGGGCAGAGUGCUGAGGGCCACCCUCUGUGUUCUCCCAUCUUCUGUUCCUGACUGCUUGAGGGAGGGGUGUAAGCGACUCGGCACCCGUGAUCCUGGGCCCCCAGCACGGCCCAGGCGGCGGGCGGAGGUGUAGCCAGGGCCGCAGCAGGGGGCCUGGUCCUGGCCGAAGCACCGCAGCGUCACCCUGGCCCCCGGCUGCGGAGCCUCGUGCUCCCCCUCCCGUCGCGGAGGGGCCCAGGCCCAGCUUGCCCGGUUGGAUCAGGGCCGCUGGCACCCCGUUCACCUCCAGGCCUUCCCUCCCACACCAGCCUGCUCGCUGGUGGCACCCACGGUGCGGCAGUGGGUGCAGCAGCGCCUGGGCUUUGCCAGGCUUCCUUGGAGGGUGCCCAGCCGAGACCGGGCCGGGGUCCAAGGAGAUCCCCCGACCUUGGGCCACAGAAGCUGCACUGGGUGGGUUUUGGUUGGGCUGAGAUGUGAUGGCUUUUGAGGCUUUUCUGGGGUCCCCUUGUCAGUGCCGCUGAGGAUGUAACCUGGACUUCCUGGAGGCCAGCCUGGGGGCAGGGGGUUAGGGCGGGGCCAGGCAGGAGAGUGUGGUCAGCGAUGGGAGCCCCAGCCCUGGGAAGGGGGACCCUGCCUACGCGCUCUUGGCCUGGGGAAGCCCCACAGCCCCGGGAUGCACGUGGCUGGAGGGGUCCAGACUCUCUCAGACCGGCGGGGUGCCGCUCACCCCUUGUUUUUGGUGCCCCCUCCCCGGGGUGGGGCUUCAGGCGCUGAGUCAUGGCUCUGGUGGGGGAGCUGGCCUCACCCUCUUCCCCAGCAUCCAAGCUGUUGAGGAAAUCCUGGAGGGAGAGCAGGAGAGGAGGCCUUGGUCCAUGGGGGUGGGGAGGAGAGACCUGAGGGGCGUGGGGCCCCCGGGACGGACUGUCUGCUGAGCACCCACCUUGUCCCCAUGAGCACACUUGUCAGCCUCUGGUGCAUCCCACCCUCACCAGCUUUCUAGGGACAAACCCCCCAUCCCAGCCCAAGGGUGACAGCUCUCCACACAGCUGGCCAGGGCAGUUGGGGCGGCUGAGCCUCAUCCCCCUCUUCUGGGUGGGUGGUCCUUCCCUGCCCUGGGACCCUCGGAGGGGGAGGGGGAGGGGAGGCUACAGCAGCCGUCAGGGUCCUGCAGUCUCAGGCGGGGGCACCUGCAGGCCGUGGGCCACCACCAGUCCAAGCGGAUGUCCCCUCUGACCCCUUCCUUCUCUGGAACUCAGACGCCCCUCAGCCCGUGGGGAAGGGAUAGGGGCUGCUCAGAGAGGAGGAGGGUGGUGGGACGGUCCAAGGGUCCUGACGGGGCAGCCUGGCACUCACCCCAUACCUCCUAAUUGAGGGCGUCCCGAGCUGCACCCCGCAUGAGGGACUGUCCCUCCCCCCAGGCCUGGGAAAGCCUGGAACACGCCCCUCCUCUGCCAGCUGGGGGGCAGCGAGGGGCCAGCGACGGGCCGCUAGACCUGGACCGCCUCCUCUGCCUGGCCCUGCCCUGGCCCUGGCCGGAGCUCCUUCCCUGUUGUCCCUGGUCCCCCGGAGGCCAGAUGGGCCCAGCUCGCCAGCUGAGUGGGGCGGGGAGGGCAGGAUCCUGGCCCUAUUUCCCUAUUUCCUGUUCCCGGAGUGUUGGGGGUUGUCACGUGCCUGAUCCAUCUGCCUCUCGCCUUGCCUUCCGGGAUUCUCCGUCCACUGGUUUCUCUGGUGAUGUCAGACGUUAACUCUUCCCUCCCCAAGGCAGCCCCAUUGGCAGGCCGCGCCCGUGGGAGUGGGCUCCUCCGGGGUCUGGCCCACUGCUCCUGCCAGGCAGACGAGGCCUACCUGGUAUUCUGAGCUUGGGGAGCAGGCAGGAGGGCAACUAUCGACGAGGUGGAAACGGACGUGGUUGAGAUCGAGGCCAAACUGGACAAGCUGGUGAAGCUGUGCAGCGGCGUGAUCGAGGCUGGCAAGGCCUACGUCACCACCAACAGGCUCUUCGUGAGUGGCGUCCGCGACCUGUCCCAGCAGUGCCAGGGCGACACCGUCAUCUCGGAAUGUCUGCAGAGGUUCGGAGACAGCCUGCAGGAGAUGGUCACCUACCACAUGAUCCUGUUUGACCAGGCCCAGAGGUCUGUGCGGCAGCAGCUCCACAACUUCGUCAAAGAAGACGUGCGCAAGUUCAAGGAGACUAAGAAGCAGUUCGACAGGGUCCGGGAGGACAUGGAGCUGUCCCUGGCGAGGAACGCGCAGGCCCCGAGGCACCGGCCGCAUGAGGCGGAGGAGGCCGCGGGUGCCCUGGUCCUCGCCCGGAAGUGCUUCCGCCACCUGGCGCUGGACUACGUGCUCCAGAUCAACGUUCUCCAGGCCAAGAAGAAGUUUGAGAUUUUGGAUUCUAUGCUGUCCUUCAUGCACGCCCAGUACAGCUUCUUCCAGCAGGGCUACAGCCUGCUGCACCAGCUGGACCCCUACAUGAAGAAGCUGGCGGCUGAGCUGGACCAGCUGGUGAUCGACUCGGCAGUGGAAAAGCGGGAGAUGGAGCGCAAGCACGCCGCCAUCCAGCAGCGGACGCUGCUGCAGGACUUCUCCUACGAUGAGCCCAAGGUGGAGUUUGACGUGGACGCUCCCAGUGGUGUGGUGAUGGAGGGCUACCUCUUCAAGAGGGCCAGCAACGCCUUCAAGACAUGGAACCGGCGCUGGUUCUCCAUCCAGAACAGCCAGCUGGUCUACCAGAAGAAGCUCAAGGACGUGCUGACCGUGGUGGUGGAUGACCUCCGGCUCUGCUCCGUGAAGCCCUGUGAGGACGUCGAGCGCAGGUUCUGCUUUGAGGUCGUGUCGCCCACCAAGAGCUGCAUGCUGCAGGCCGACUCGGAGAAGCUGCGGCAGGCGUGGGUUCAGGCUGUGCAAGCCAGCAUCGCGUCCGCCUACCGGGAGAGCCCCGACAGCUGCUACCGCGAGAGGCUGGACCGCACGGCGUCCCCGUCCACAAGCAGCAUCGACUCUGCCACGGACUCUCGGGAACGCAGCGUCAAGGGCGAGAGCGUGCUGCAGCGCAUGCAGCAUGUGGCGGGGAACAGCCAGUGCGGCGACUGCGGGCGGCCGGACCCGCGCUGGGCCAGCAUCAACCUGGGCGUGCUGCUCUGCAUCGAGUGCUCGGGCAUCCACAGGAGCCUGGGUGUCCACUGUUCCAAGGUGCGGUCCCUGACCCUGGACUCGUGGGAACCGGAGCUGCUGAAGCUGAUGUGUGAGCUGGGAAACAGCACUGUGAACCAGAUCUACGAGGCCCAGUGCGCAGGGCCAGGCAGCAGGAAGCCCACGGCCAGCAGCCCCAGGCAGGACAAGGAGGCUUGGAUCAAGGACAAAUACGUGGAAAAGAAGUUCGUGCGGAAGCCGCCCUCGGCACCGGCCCGGGAGGCCCCACGGCGCUGGCGGGCGCAGAAGUGCCCACGCCACCACAGCUCCCCCCGUGCCCGCACCACCCGCCGCAGCAAGAUCCGGAUGGAGCCCGUCCCGCCCUCCGUGGCUGCUCUGUGCUCAGGCUCCACAGAGCCCAGGUUCCGCAGGGACUCCCUCUUCUGCCCGGAUGAGCUGGACUCCCUCUUCUCCUACUUCGACGCGGGGGCUGCUGCAGCCGGUCCACGCAGUCUGAGCAGCGACAGCGGCUUAGGGGGCAGCUCCGACGGCAGCUCGGAUGUCCUGGCCUUCGGCGUGGGCUCCGUGGUGGACCGCGUCACUGAGGAGGAGGGUGCCGAGUCGGAGGAGUCCAGCGGCGAGGCAGAUGGAGAGGCGGAGGCCUGGGGCCUGGCGGACGUGCGCGAGCUGCACCCCGGGCUACUGGCGCAUCGAGCGGCGCGCACUAGAGACCUCCCUGCACUGGCCGCGGCUCUGGCGCAAGGAGCCGAGGUCAACUGGGCUGACGCGGAGGACGAGGGCAAGACGCCGCUGGUGCAGGCCGUGCUGGGGGGUUCCUUGAUCAUCUGUGAAUUCCUCCUGCAAAACGGAGCGGAUGUGAACCAAAGAGACAGCCGGGGUCGGGCGCCCCUGCACCAUGCCACGCUCCUGGGCCGCACCGGCCAGGUCUGCCUGUUCUUGAAGCGGGGGGCGGACCAGCAUGCCUUGGACCACACGCAGCAGGACCCACUGAGCAUUGCGGUGCAGGAGGCGAAUGCAGACAUCGUCACGCUUCUCCGUCUGGCGCGCAUGGCCGAGGAGAUGCGUGAGGCCGAGGCGCCUGCUGGCCAGCCGGGGCCCCUGGCUGGCAGCAGCCCCACCGAGCUCCAGUACCGCAGGUGCAUCCAGGAGUUCAUCAGCCUCCACCUGGAUGAGAGCUAGGGUGGCAGGGCCUUGGCGGGACCCCCACCGGCCCAUUUCCUGAGAGCCCCGGAGCUCCUGGAGCCCUGCUGCCUGCUCUGCCCCCUUCGGAGCUGCCCUGACCCCCACGGCCCGGAGCAGGACCCCAGCACUGAGUCUUCUGAAGUUCCAUGUCUCCCCUGGGAGGUGCUGCAUCACCCCACCCAGGGACCCUGUGUCUUCGGGUGACCCCUCCCUAGGGGGCCUGGGUUGGCUCGUGUCACAAACCACUCUCAAGGCCCCACAUCACCUCGUGCCCCUCUCUGCUCCCCCAGGCCCGUGUCACCUCAUGCCCCUCUAUCCCUGGGGCCCAUGCCGCUUGGUGCCCCACUCUGCCUUCAGGGCCUGUGUCACCUUGUGCCCCCACUUUACUGCCCAAGAACACUGACCUGCUAGUAGGGGCCCUCCCACAUCCCCAGAACCCCUCCACUAGGCCCUGGGGCUGGUGGCUGGCCACCAGCACGUGGCGAGGGCAGAAGGGGCCGCCCAUCCAGGGAAUCAACCCGCGUACCUCACUUAGCGACCCCAGCAUCCAGGCUGGGCUUCUUGGGUGCUUGGGGGGCUCUGGCCUGGGGCCUUAGCCCUGGCUGGGUGCGGAUGUCCCGAGGCCGUGUGGCUGGCCAUGCAGGCCCUCGUGCCCCGUAGCCCCACCCAUCCCCCCCUUUUCCCACAGCGGGUGGCAGGGGUGUGGCUCUUCCCACCCCUGCAUCCGACAUCCUUUGUCACGGACUGAGGGGUUUUCUACAAUGACCUCCUUCUCACUUUGUCUCACAUCUUUUCUCUGGACUCAAGGACCACUUUGACCCCCAGCUCUGCCUGCUGCUAGGGGAGGCGCCUGCAGCUCAGCCCUGCCCCCUCGCCAGCCUUCCCCCACCACCACCUCCGGCUAGACCCAUGGGGCCUCGGCUCACUCCCCAGGGCCCUCUGAUGCCUUCUGCAUUCCCCUUCCCAGAGCCCUGGGGCACCGGCUGGGCCUCUCCCCAACUCGGGCCCUCGGCCAGGCCAAGGCCAGUUGGUUGCUCACUAUGCAAAGACUGCCCAGGGAGGCCCCAUGGGCAGCAAGGUGGGUGCGGACUGGGCUCCCAGCUCCCUCUCCUGCUGGCUGUGACCCCUAGAGAGCCGAAUCAAUGCCUUCCUCUCUCCCUGCUUGAGCUCUGCCCCCGCCUCCCGCCCCACUGCCUGCAUCAGGGCCUUUGCUGCGGCCUCGGCUGGCUGGCGGGACCCGCCUCCGUUCCAGAUCACAGUUAAUAAACGGCCGCCUGCACCUGC